CUCCUGAUCGCUCGCCGUAGGAGAACCAGCUGCUACUUCUACCCCCGCGCGUGGCCCAGCGUCAGGAGCGCGGACUGGUGGGAGCGGGUGGUCCUGAAGGAGUUUGGGCCUCAGGACUGGCUGGAGAAGUUUCGGAUGUCCAAGGAGACCUUCUUCUACAUCUGCAACCAGCUGCGGCCUGGGCUGGCUCCGCACAGCGCCCACUUCCACCCCACCCUGCCCGUGGAGAAGAGGGUGGCCGUGGCCCUGUGGCACUUGGCCACCAACGUGGAGUACCAGACUCUCAGCCCGCUCUUCGGCGUGGGGCCCUCUACAGUGCAGACCUGUGUCCGAGAGGUGAGCUACGCUGUCGUCUUGCUGCUGAAGCCCCUCUACCUCCGGCUGCCCAACGAGAAGGAGCUGGACAACAUGGUGCGCAUCUUCCGCACCCGCUGGGGCUUCCCGCACUGCAUCGGCGCCCUGGACAGCCUUCACAUCCCCAUCCACCCGCCCCUGCGCCUCAGCGCCGACUACUGCAACGGCCAGGGCUGGCACUCCAUCCUGACGCAGGCCACCGUGGAUGGGCUGGGCCAGUUCUGGGACGUCUCCACCGCCUUCCCCGGCAGCAUGGAGAACAGCGCAGUCCUGGAGAGCUCCAGCCUGUGGGUGCUGGCCAAAGAGGGCCGGCUGUGCCCCAACCCUCCCAAGCACUUCAUGGGGAAGGCGCAGAAGUACGUGCUGCUGGGCGAUGCUACCUACCCCUUGCAAGACUGGAUCCUCAAGCCCUACCAGGAGGAGGAGAACCUCACCCAGCGGCAGCUGCAGUUCAACUACCGCCUGAAGCGGGCGCACAGCGUGAUCGAGAACGCCUUCCUGCGCCUCAAGGCGCGCUGGCAGAUCCUCCUGAAGUGCGACGACUGCAGCCUGGAGCUGUUGCCCCCCCUCGUCCUCGCCUGCUGCAUUCUCCACAAUGUCUGCGAAGCCCACGACAACCCCUUCAACGAGGAGUGGCUGGAGGGCACUGAGCCCACCGAGCUGCCCAAACCCUGCCAGCCC